AUGAGGUCGGGCAUCGAGAACUCUAGGUACUUGUUUUGGUGCCUCAUUUCAUGUCGGUAUCAAGACACUCGAGUAUACACACUUCAAAUCAGCCACACUGUUCUCACAACACACCAUGUUCUUCUUGUCAACAACAAGAGGUGCACGGCAGAGGAGUACAUCCAAGUGCGCUACCGCAAUGGCUAUGAUGAAGAGCUGCAAAAGAGGCUCUUGGCUCCGCCGGAUGACGCCGAGGCAACGCUCCUGCAGCGCUUGGGCGCGCGCUUCGGCAAGUAUGGCAAACAAGUGGAGGCUGUGGUCUCCAGACGGAAGCAGCGCAACGACUGGAGAUACGAGGUGAAGUGGCAAGACCUGGCGGAGAAGCAAAACACCUUCGAGUCGAUCGGCAAGUUGCGACAGCUAGGUGUGGAGAGGUUCGCCACCGCCCUGGAUGAACGCUUGGCCGUUGGGGUCGAUUCGGACGAUCGCCCGUUGACGCGCCGGGAAAUCCAGAGGCACUUGGAAGGUUUUGGCUUGUCGGAGGAUUUGUCCACAAAGCAACCCAUCAGCCAACUCUCUGGUGGUCAGAAGUCCAAGCUGCUCAUCGCCGCCGCUGCUUGGACCAAGCCGCACGUCCUGUGCCUGGACGAACCCACGAACUUCUUGGACUUCGAAACCGUGGAUGCUCUGAGCCGUGCGCUGCGGAGCUUCCGCGGGGGUGUCCUCCUGGUGAGCCACAACCAGGAGUUCUUAAGCUCGAUCUGCGAAGAGAGUUGGCAUCUUGAGGAUCAGCAGGUCGCACCCCCAACAGGUCGCAGCGAGCUCCGGGUCUUGGAGCUCUUCGCUGGGCUGGGCGGCAUGCGCUGCGCGCUGGCGCAGGCGAAGCUUCCGGUGGAGGUUAAAAUCGUUGCAGCCAUCGACGUCUCCGAACUCUGCGAGAAGGCCUACUGCCACAAUUUUGGCCACGCCGAGUGGAAGAAGAAGACCAUUGAAUGCUUGAAGCUGCAAGAGGUGGAUGCCUUGGCAGCUGAUCUUUGGCUGAUGAGCCCACCUUGUCAACCCUUCACCAGGGCUGGGAAGAGGAAAGAUCAUGAGGAUGACCGGUCGCGAGGGCUGCUCCAUCUGAUCAGCCUCCUGCCUUUGAUGGAGAAUCCUCCACGGGCCAUUCUUUUGGAGAAUGUUGUUGGCUUUGAACGCUCCGAGUGCCGCCAGCGGCUCCUGGACACCUUGGCGCAGUUGGAGCAUUGGGAGCUGGCGGAGUUUGCGUUGGAUCCGGAAGAGUUUGGACUUCCCAACCGUCGCCCACGCUACUAUGGCCUCUUUCGUGCCAGCGAAGGGGCUCCGGGCCUAGGGCGCUUGCAAGUGAGUUUGCAAGACGGAGGAUGCUUUUGGCGGCCAGUGGCCACUGCCUUGGAGGCCGAAGCCCUCCUGCAAGGACGUGCUGGGCCCCUGACAGAGGUAACAGUCUUGGGAGACUUCCUUCAGGAUGCGGCCAGCGUGGCCAUGGAGGAAGAAGUGAUGGGAUGCUCCAUCGAAGUGCCACAAGAGGUGAUGCGAACACGCCAGCAGAAGGAGCAGCGCUAUGACAUCCACCUGCGCUCGGACCGUACCAGCGCCUGUUUGACCAAAGCCAAUGGGCGGCUCCCCUUUGGUCAUUCCCCACUUGUGCUGCAGAAUGAGGAGGAGGAGUGUGGCCUUCAACAGCGUCCCAAACUCUCUGCACAGGGCGACGGUGCCGGCAGCGCCACCGACCAUGUCUGGGAGGAUGGACUCAGAGUGCGAUAUCUAUCGCCAGUGGAGCAAUUGAGAUUGCUGGGCUUUCCAGAGAGCUACGUGUUUCCAGCCGCGUUGAGCUUCAAGGACCGAUGUUCCUUGAUCGGCAACUCCUUGAACUGUCGCAUUGUGGCUUCGUUGAUCCCGUUCCUCUUUACCGGUCCGACAGACUUGGAUCAGGAGGAGAUCGGGAGAUCGGGACCGAUCGGUCCGUACGGGGUGCCAAGAGCGGCACAUCGAACAUGGGCGAGUCUGCCGCGAAACCAUACCGAACACAAAUAG